AUGGCUAUCAUCGCCGAAUCGCAAUGGAAAAGAACGGAACCAACCAGUCUGACACGCGAGGCGUUUCUUGACCUCUUAUUCGGAAGAACGCCAUUGGUGAGGGAAGAACAAUUCCUGAAGCCGGCCCAGAGUGAGGCAUUAUACAACCACUUUGUACCCUUGAUCUCGCCCUAUCUGCAUGUCACAGGGCCUCCAGUGUCGAAAGUAGGCGUUGCGCAGUUUGAGUUCCAGGCACAGUCUGCAGAAGACUUCAAGAAUAGGACUGGAGAUGAAAAGCAGAGAUAUUUCCAAGAGUGCGAAAAGUACCGCACGAUGCACGACGGCUUGGCCGAGAUUGCUGGCGAGGACGUUUGGGCCAAAAUGUCGCGCACAAUUGCCGAGUUAGUGCCUGAGUACGACGUCGGUGUAGCCAGUGAGGGUCCGGGCAAGACGUACUUCUCGGGCAUCGUACGCAAGAUCAACUCGGGAGUUCCCAUCCACUGCGACUGGGCACCGUACGACUGUGCUACGGAGGACUGGAUCCUCAGCAAGAUCACCCAUCAGCUCGCUGUAAACCUGUAUCUUUCGCCAGCGACACGGGGAGGCAGCACGACGGUAUUCGACGUACAGUGGUGGCCAGGUGCGCUCGAGUACCGCGACCCUGACACCUACGGCUACUUUGAGGCUCUUGUCAAGAACCGCGCCACUGCCACCUUUCAGCCUGGCAUGGGCGAUCUCUGCUUCUUCAAUUCACGCAACAUGCAUAUCGUCCGGCCGUUGGAGCCAGGCGAAGACACGCAGAGGAUUGCCAUGUCGAGCUUCAUAGGCUUGCUUCCGUCUGAGGUCACGGGUGGAAAGCCCAAGCUUAUUUUCUGGUCUUGA